AUGUCACGACAAGUGCAUAAGAAGGUACUGCCUUAUAAAAAAAUAGUCGAUUUAUCAUUUCAUCGAACGCGAUUGCCGUCGGAUGCCUCAUCCCUAGUAAGAUUUGAGCAAAAACCCGCCAUUGUUAACAUACAUGGUCUCUUAGGCUCACAUGUGAUGUUUCAUUCUCUUAACAAGUUCCUUUCAAGAAAGAUUGAUGCUGAUAUUUUUUCUGUUGAUGUAAGAAAUCAUGGCAUUUCACCCAAGGCCAUUCCUUAUGAUUACACAACAUUGACCAAUGAUUUGAUACAUUUCAUUAAAACUCACGUUGGCUUGGAGAGACCUAUGUAUCUGUUGGGAUUCUCAAUGGGUGGAAAAAUUGCACUAUUAACUACCUUAUUCAAGAAUAUCAAUGUACAAAAAUGCAUAUCAAUUGAUUUGCCACCUUACGAAACUCCAAAAUUAGAUCCUUUGAUAUUACAGAACUAUGAUCUGAUAAUGCAGAUCAUUCGUAGAGAUGUCCAAAUUUUAAAGGGUUCUCCUAAUUGGCAGAAGAAGGUCCUUGAACUCUUCAAAAGUUUAGACUGUAAUAAAAGGAAGUGUGGUGGGGCCGUAGCACUUUACUUUGCUAACGGUUUUCUUUCUGUAAAAUCAAACAAUGUAAGUCAAGAGCAAUCACAUUUUGAGCAACAACUGGAUGGCAAAGAGUCUGAUCCCUAUAUAAAUUUCUUGAUGCCUCUCUCUAAUAUGCCUCACUUAUUAGAUGAAGUAAAAAAAUGGCCAGAUUCACUUAAUCAAGACGAUUUUUUCUCAAAAGGUGCGAUCGAUCGUAAGGUUUUAAUUAUGAGAGGCUUGCAAUCUAGCUUUAUUAGCAGUCAUUAUUCUCUUUUGAGAGAUAAAUUUCCAUGUACCGAUAUUCAAGAAUUUGAUACCGGGCACAAUUUAUUAUUGGAGAGUCCAGAGGAGUCGUUUAAAUGUAUUCUGAAUUUUUUUUGUAAGGGAAAGUAUUAG